UUUAUUCCUAGUUAAAUUAGUGCUGCUCUAAUUUUUAUAAAAAAGUUUAAAAAUGACAACAAUUUACUGAAUUUGAAUUGACAUAUCAAAAACAUAGUAGCAAUGGCCAGCCGAAAAUUAAUCUAUUCUCCUUGUUCAAAGGAGAACUUUGAUAUUAGUUGCAAAGAUUCUAUAAAUAGGGCUGAUGGUAUCAAUAAACAAAAUAAUAUAGUUAUUAGAACAUCACUGGAAACUCAAAAAACACCAAAGACACUGAAAACACAAAAUAUUAGUGAUUCUGCAGUUAGUAAUUACAAAUACAGUAAUCGUACACCGCAACGUUUAAAGACACCUAGAUCAAUGAGUGCAAUUCCUUCUGCCAUUACUCCACUAAAUAAUCAUUAUUCAAGUAAUUCAACACCUUCAAGUACUCCCUCAAGAUUGCGCUGCAAAAAUGUGAAUUCUUUAAUGCAAACGCCAGAAUGCUUUAAUCAAGUUGUGAUGGAAACCCCAAAUAGCAUGAAAAGUUCUCAAAAAAGUAGCAACACCGUAGAUGAAAUAAGUAAUCUUACAGUGGCAGUAAGAGUCCGCCCUAUGAAUACAAAAGAAUUAAACACUGUUUCCAUUACUAAUAUAGUGAUGGUAGAUGAAGAUGAAGUAACAGUAUUGGGCGGAAACACAGCUGAUUCUUUAGGAGGAGUUAGUCACAGUUUUCAGUAUGAUCAAGCGUAUUGGUCUUGCGAUCCAGAGCACCCGUUUUAUGCAGAUCAGCAUACUAUUUUUAAUGGCUUAGCUAUGCCUUUGAUUGACAAAAUCUUUGAAGGUUACAAUGCUUGUCUUUUUGCAUACGGUCAGACAGGAUCAGGUAAAACUUACAGCAUGAUGGGUAUUGAUACAGGCGCUGAAGAUUAUGAUGUAAAUAGUAGUGCAAGUGAAGCAGGCAUCAUACCACGUUUCUGCCAUGAGUUAUUUUCUAGAAUAGAAAGAUUAGAUAAAAAUGUUAAUGCAACUGUAGAAGUCAGUUAUUUUGAAAUAUACAAUGAAAAAAUACAUGAUCUUUUAUCACUGAAUAUGGCUAGUAAUGGUCAUAGAGCACCUCUUAAAGUAAGAGAACAUCCAGAACUCGGCCCAUAUGUGGUAGAUCUAAGUAUGCAAGCUGUUAAUAGUCAUAUUGACCUUCGAAAGUGGUUAGCUGUUGGUAACAGUCGCAGAGCUACUGCUGCCACUGGAAUGAAUGAUAAAUCUUCAAGAAGUCACAGUAUUUUUAGUGUUGUUUUAAAUAUAUCAGGGCCUGAAGAAAAUCAAGGGAUCCGUAGUAAAAUCAGUCUUGUAGAUUUAGCAGGAAGCGAGAGACUAAGCCAUACAUGUGCAAGUGGUGAAAGACUCAAAGAAGGAGUUAGUAUCAAUAAGUCUUUAUUAACACUGGGGAAGGUUAUAGCGGCACUAGCUGAUUGUCGCAAAAGUGGAGUAUUUGUGCCGUAUAGAGAAUCUGUUCUUACUUGGCUGUUAAGGAUAUGUUAA